AUGACUUUCCUUACGAUUCUACGAUUAAACCAGGUAGAUCCACAACGUAAUGAAAAAGAGAAACAAUCUGAAGCAUCUGCAGGAACGGAUUCAACCUAUGGAUACGAUUCAAAUGCUACAGAGGGAUAUUCUUCCAAACCCGAACCUACAGACGUAAAUAACCAAAAAGGUCCCAUUGAGGAAUCUAAAACAGCGAAACAUUUUAAAGGUGAUGUAGAAGAAGUAUUAGGUAAAGUCACCGAAAACGCCAGUGCGUUUGAGAAGGGAAAAUCAAUAAAGGAGCAGUAA